UCACAAUGGGCCAAAUAAAAAUAUGUGUAAUAAAAAAUAUACCAGAAUAACUUCUUUGCAUUUGCUGUCAAAACGUCUAACAUUAUGAUUUUGGCUAAAAAAUUUUGCUUCUGUAUAUCCUUGCAAAAGGGAUGUAUACUAAUAGCAUUGACUGGAAUAUUUUUGGCUGGCAUGAACAUUGACUAUAUGAUACUUUGUUUAAAUAGAACCUAUUCCCAAGAAAAGCAGCAUAAAUUCCCAGAAAGAGUUCUCUACACAUUCUUACAAAUGAUACCGGAUUGGUUAACCAUCUUGGCAUCGUGCGUACUAAUAUAUGCAAUCUUAUCGCAAUAUGGUUGGCUGUAUUGGGCAACUCUGUUGGUUCAAGCAUUUCAGGCAGUCUACUUUGUUAUUUUCAGCAUUACUUCAGCAUCAAUCGGUUCGAAUUUAAUUAUUAAUGAGAGUAUUUGGCAUAAUUUAACUUAUUGGAUUUACGUGCUCUUUUGGCUAGCACUGACAGCGUAUUUCAUGUACAUAAUAUUUUCGUACUACCGUCAAAUUACAGCAAGAGAAACUGAAAAUAUUGUGGACGGACUGGUGUAAUAACUAAUAAAGGCAAUAAUUUACAACUUUGUAUUAA